AUGGAAACCUUAAAUUUAGGGCUUAUGGCAGGGUGUAUGGCCAUAUGCAAUCGCAUGCCGCCACCACCAUCACAAAUUUACAGUGCAGACCGCCUUCGAAAUUGGCUCCGGCAACUGUUCUUCUCAGGCGGCGUGCUUAAUAAACAACCUUGCUUAUGUUCAGAGAGCUGGAACGACGAUAUUAUUGUAGAGAUACUGUCAAGGCUACCAGUGAAAUAUUUACUACGGUGUCGUUCUGUUUGCAAGUCAUGGCGUGCUCUAAUCUCCAGUUCUUAUUUUGUUAAGAAGCACCUCAACCACGCAAUCAAUGGGAUCGACAACAGUACUAACUGCACAAUUAGGCUCCUGUUCUUACACAAUAAGAACUUCUUAGAACAUCAUCCGGAAUCCAUGUUGGUUGACUCGUUGAAGAAUUUUGUUGGCCACACUGCAAGCAAAGAGCUUGAUAUUCCGGGAAUUUUGGAAGUUAUUGUGGGUUCUUGCAAUGGUUUGAUAUGCCUGAAAGCUCGCUGCGGCGGGGUUUUUCUAUGGAACCCUUGUGCCGGAGAUGCCAGCAAGUUACCAGAACAAACUGUUAGUGAUGCUAAUUGGGGUGAUAUGUUUUAUGGAUUCGGUUAUGAUUCUACAACUGAAGAUUUCAAGGUCAUAUUGGGUGGUACAACAACAACGAAAAUCGAGGUCUUUACGCUGAAAAAGGGUUCAUGGAGGAAUGUUGGAAACCUGAGAGAUUAUGGUAAAAUAUCUGGGCAGGGGUGCUUAUCAAACGGAGCCCUACAUUGGAUAGAAAAAGGCCGUGAUUAUCAAUAUAGUUCAACAUCAAGAAUUAUCUUAUUUAAUUUAGCGGAGGAGAAAUUUUUGGAGAUGGUACGUCUAUCCUUUCUUUCUAACAACAAAUAUUCCCAAAUAGGAAUGAGCACCAUUAGAAAUUCUCUCUUUGUGUACUGUGCCCAUGAAGUGAUCUUGGACCCUAUAUUGUUUACAAUUUGGACGAUGGAGGAAUAUGGGGUCAUGGAAUCUUGGACUAAAGUGCAAAUUCAUAGAGACUGUGUACCUCGACCUCCAGCACUUCCUGAUAUACAUUACAUUGGGCCGAUAGUUAUUUUACAGAAUGGUGAAGUUCUGAUGACUUGGAAUUCAGGGAACUUAUCAUCAUUUAUAUUAUAUAAUGUACAUAAGAAGAAAUCUAGGAUUGCUUCUCGGAUCCGUGUUUGUGAUUCAUAUAACCAAGCUACGUACAUAGAGACUUAUGGGUGA